CGGAGCCGCGGAAGGGGCGUCCGGGGCUGCUCCAGUGGAAGACCUCGGCGGCGGGGCUGGCGGCGCUGCCUCCGGCUAUGGCUUGCCUGGGAGCCUGGCUCCGCUUCUCCUUGCUCUGGGCUGCGCUGGCAGCGCGGCCACCUCGGGCGGAAGGUGCUUGUGUCUAUCAAGGCUCAUUGUUUGAGAACAACACAGUUUGGAAGCCAGAUUCUUGCCAAGACUGCGGUUGCCAUAGUAAUAUUGUCACCUGUGAACCUGCUGUCUGCAGACACCCUCGGUGCGACUUUCAGAAGGGUGAAGUGCUCCAAAUACCUCCAAAUAAGUGCUGCCCUGAGUGUGUCUCGGGAACUAAAGGAUUUUGCCAACAUGAAGGGCAGAUACAUGGGCAUGGUACAGAAUGGGCAAGCUCUCAGUGCACAACGUGUUUCUGUGCCAAUGGGACGGUUCACUGCACCUCUAAGCUCUGUUCGGCCCUAUCUUGUGGCAGCGGGGAACUGGAAUAUGUCGCGCCAGGAGAUUGCUGUCCCAAAUGUGUGGGGAUUGGUGAGUCCUGCUCCUUUGACGGCCAAAUGUUCCAGGAUGGUGAGGAGUGGCAGCUCAGCCCAUGCUCCAAAUGUGUCUGCAGGAAUGGAGCAACUCAGUGCUUCACAGCAGAAUGUCGGCCUGUGGUGUGCAGCAGGGAUGAAGUUAUGAUUGUAACUCCUGGAAAAUGUUGUCCAGAAUGUGUUCCAAAACCCUGCUCUGUAUCUGGAGAAGCAUACAAGCAUGGUCAGCAAUGGAAGAGAAAUCCCUGCACUACCUGUAUAUGUCAUAGAGGGGAAGCCAGAUGUGUAAGACAGGCCUGUGCCCCAAUCACCUGUGAGAAGGAUCAGAACAAAGUGCAGCGUCCAGGGAAGUGUUGUGAGGAGUGUGUAUCUUCCAAAGGCAUCUGCUUAUCUGAAGGCAUCGUCAGGUACCACAGUGAGAUGUGGAAUGGCACUCACUGUGAGUUCUGCAUGUGUGAUGGAGGGCAAGUCACUUGCCAGAAUGCAGAGUGUGCCAAAGUGGAGUGUGCCUGGGGUGAAGAAUUAAUUCAUUUAGAGGGAAAGUGCUGUCCUGAAUGUGUUUCAAGUGAUAGUUACUGUGUUUACAAAGAACAUACCAAAGAUAUUUUUUUCUCUGAUACAAGUGAGGGAAAGCGUAUCAAGAAUGGAGAGAAAUGGAAAGAAGGCCUGUGCAAAGAAUGUGAAUGCCGGGACACCCAGGUGAUCUGCUAUCACCGCUCUUGUCCGUCUUGCCCACUGGGCAGCCUGGCAGUGGAGGUAAAGGGAGACUGCUGCCCACAAUGCAAAUCAGUGCAGUGCCACCCAGACUGUUUGAUAUGCUCUCAGUCCUUUGACCACUGUGACAUCUGCCGGGAUGCAACAAAGCAACUGCAGAAUGGACACUGCGUGGGGAACUGUGAACCUGGAUUCUACAAGGAUGCUGGAGUUUGCUUAGCCUGCAAGGAAACAUGCCUGACCUGUACCAGUGGAUUUGAAUGUACAUCAUGCCAAGGACCAAUGCUAAUGAAGCAUGGGCAGUGUGUGGCAUCAUGUGGGGAGGGAUUCUUCCAGGAUUAUCUCCACUGUGCAGCUUGUCACGAAACCUGCUCCACCUGCUGGGGGGCUGCUGAGAACAACUGCUUGGCCUGCAAAGACCACUCUCAUGUAUUAAAAGCAGGGGUCUGUGUGACCAGCUGUGGCCAGGGGUUCUACAUCAGGAAUGGAAUCUGCACUGCUUGCCAUGAGUCAUGUUCCACCUGCACCGGACCACUGGCCAGUCACUGUACUUCCUGUCCCUUUUCCCUGGCAUUACGCCAGGGCCAGUGUUUGUCUUCCUGUGGAGAGGGCUUUUAUCGUGACCAUAAUGUCUGCAAAGGUUGCCACCCAUCCUGUCAUGCUUGCAUUGGCCCAGAGAGCUUCCACUGCACACGGUGCAGGGAGCCAGAAGAGGCACUGCAGCUGGAACAGCACCCUGGGGGAGCUCUGCACGGUGUCUGCCUCCCUCAGUGCAACACUCAUUUCUACCUUGACGUUGCUGGAGUGUGCAGACAGUGCCAUGCCUCGUGUUCAGCCUGCACAGGCAGUGCUCCCCAGAACUGCACAGCCUGUGCAUCUCCCCAGGUUCUUCAUGAUGGCAUGUGCCUCCCUGCAUGCCCAGAAGGACUGUACAGUCAAGAAGGCCAUUGCUAUGCCUGCCAUCCAUCCUGCAGGAAGUGCAGUGGUCCCUCAGACUUUGACUGCAUUGCCUGCCAUCCCCACAUAGCCCUGGCUGAUGGAAAGUGCAGAACUAGCUGCAAGGAGGAGCAGUACCUCAACCUGGUUGGAUACUGUGUGGACUGCCAUCCGCUGUGCCAUCAAUGCGUGACUGAUCUCCACAACACUGGCAGCAUCUGCCUGAAGUGCCAGAAUGCCCGUCACUUCUUACUGGGAGAUCAUUGUGUUCCUGACUGUCCCAUGGGAUACUAUGCAGAAAAUGGAGCCUGUAAAAGGUGUCACCCCUCAUGCAAAACAUGUAGCAGCAGAAGCCCUUUCUCAUGCUCUUCCUGUGAAUCCAGUUUUGUUUUGUCUCACACUGGCUUGUGCACUUCAGCCUGCUUCCCUGGACACUACAGGGAUGGGAGCCAGACAUGCAAACCUUGCAAUAGCCAGUGUCUGAGCUGUGAGUCGAUGGCAGGCUGUACGUUAUGCAGAGACUUGACUAAGGUCCUGUUGUUUGGCGAAUGCCAGUAUGAAAGCUGCACUCAGCAGUAUUAUCUUGAUUUCCUCACUAAGACUUGCAGAGAGUGCGACUGGAGCUGUAAUGCUUGCAAAGGUCCCCAGAGGACAGACUGUCUACAGUGCAUGGAUAAUUUUGUUCUUCACAAUGGGGCUUGUGUGGAACAAUGCCCACAAGGUUUCUACAAGGAAUCAGACAUUUGUCAGAGAUGUGAUGACCACUGCCUCCAGUGUCACCAGCCAAUGGAGUGCACUCUUUGUGAAGCUCCAUUUUUUCUCUUGGGAACCCAGUGUGUCCGUGAAUGUGGGAAGAAAUAUUAUGAAGACCAUGUGAAACAAAAAUGUGCAGCUUGCCCUGCAGGAUGUUUGGAGUGUGAUAAUGUCAGCCAGUGCCAAGUCUGUGAUACCACCACAUUUCUGAAGAACAACCUUUGUGUGUCUGAGUGUGGCCAUGAUUUCUAUGGUAACAGCAGGACUAGAAAGUGUGAAGCCACCAAGCCUGCUUCUGUUCUCCUUUCGAAAGGUUCGUUCACAGUAGGGAUUGGUGGGAUAAAGCCACUUGACUUUUCUGUCAUGACUGUGCAUGAUGUGGAUAGCAAAGAUGGAGAGUUUAUAUUCCAUGUGGUCAGUGUUCCCACCAAUGGCAGGCUAGUGAUAAUGGUUGACAAGAAGGAGAUGCAGCUGAACAAGGGCGACCAUUUCACCUGGGAGGAUGUACAGGAGAAGAGAGUCCGCUUUGUGCACAGCAAAGAAAAAUCCAGGAAAGGACAAUUUUCCUUGAAGGUCAGUGAUCAGCAGAACUUCUCUCAGCCGGAAGUGAUCACCGUUCAAGCAAUUUCAACACAGGCACCAUACAUGCUACGGAAUGAAGCCCUCUUUAUCAGCAGAGGGGAUAUUGGUGCUAUAACAGAUUUGCUCCUUGAUAUUCGAGACAAUGACAAUCCUCAGGAUGUAGUGAUAAUGGUUUUAGACCCUCCGCAUCAUGGCCGGCUGGUCAAAACUCCAGGGGAUGCAGCUUCUGAGGUCCGAGUAUUGAGCCUUCAUGAACUGGCCAGUGGACUCCUACAUUAUGCUCAUGAUGGCUCCAGUAGUCUGGAUGAUACAGUUGUUCUUCAAGUGAAUGAUGGGUACUACUUUCAGAAUGUUCUGUUCCAUGUUAAGAUUGUUCCAAAGAGUGACAGAGGCCCACGACUGCUUACAAACUCCUUGGUGUGGGUCCCAGAGGGAGGAAUGCUGCAGAUCACUAAUAGGAUUUUGCGAGCAGAGGUGCCUGGUGCCGGCGACUCUGAGAUCACCUACACAAUCAUCAAGGACCAGCCGCGAUAUGGUGAAGUGGUCCUUCUGUUGCCCAUGCCAGCAGAUGGCCCAGCUGAAUCAUGGCAGCGCUUACCAGAUGGAAGAGCAGCCACACCAACCAUGUCCUUCACCCAGCGGGACAUCAAUGAAGGCAUUGUGUGGUACAAGCACUCUGGAUCUCAAGUAGAAAGUGAUUCCUUCGAUUUCCAGGUAUCCAGUGUUACUGCUCCGCAAACCCAUUUGGAAACCCAUAUGUUCAACAUUGCUGUUCUCCCACACACACCCAACACACUGCAGCUUUCCCUUGGGUCCUCUCUGCAUAUGACGGCAUUGGAGGAUCGUGUGACAGUGAUUGAGCCACAUCACCUCUCCUUUGUAGACCCUGAGAGUCCAAGUGAGAAAAUUGUCUUCAAUGUGACUGUACCUGUGCCACCAAAUCAAGGUGUGGUGGAACACAGAGACAGGCCUCUCUCCCCCAUCAAGUAUUUCACACAGGCAGAUAUUAACAAGGGCAAGAUUGCUUACCGCCCGCCUGCUGCCGCCCCGCACAUGAGAGAGAUUACUGCGUUCUCUUUUUCUGGUCUCCCAGAAUCGGUGAACUUUCGUUUUACAGUGUCUGAUGGAGAACACGUAACCCCCGAGAUGGCAUUUACAAUUCAUUUGGACUCAGUGGGUCAGCAACCUCCUGUGUUCCAGACCACCGCUCCAUUUCUGGAGGUCAGCCAGGGUGGCAAGGCCACUCUCGGGGUACAGCUGAGAGUACAUGAUGCGGACACAGCUCCUGAAGAUCUCUUCUUUGAGCUGGUAGAACCUCCUCGCCAUGGGGUUCUACUCAAAAACCGCACCAGAGUUCAUGACCACUUGAGAGCAGGUGAUACUUUCACGUACGAAGACAUCACCCAAAAUGCUUUACAGUAUGUCCAUGAUGGCUCAUCUGCAGCAGAGGACAGCAUGGAAAUCUCUGUGACUGAUGGUGUUACCACUGCAACUACUGUGCUGGGAGUGGAAGUAUCAUUGAUGGACAGCAACAGUCCCCAGUUAGCUCCAGGCUGCUUGUUGACUGUCACAGUGGCUAGUAAAAGCUCUGUGACACUUUCUCGGUCACACCUAGCUUACAUUGAUAAUAAUUCUCCCGACUCAGAGAUCACAAUUCAAUUAAUAUCUCUGCCUGUGUAUGGCACCCUUUUACGGGCCUCUGGAUUGUAUAAUGGGGAGCUUGCAGAGGUUUAUAAUUUCACAAUGGAAGAUAUCAACAAUCAGAAGAUCAGAUACACAACUGCAUUUGAGACCAGUGAUCAGCCAGUCACUGAUAUUUUCCACUUUUCUGUCUUCGAUGCUGACAACAAUCAGCUUGACAGCCAGAUGUUUACCAUCACCAUCACACCUGUUCAUAACAGACCAUCAGUUAUUGCUUUUGCUGAUCAUAUUACUGUUGAUGAGGGAGGGAGGGUCCCGUUGUCCAUUCACCAACUCCUAGCCACUGACUACGAUACAGCCAUGCAAGAGCUGGUGGUUACAAUAAUCACUGUACCCAUAUAUGGGUGCAUUGAAAACACAAAGACAGGUGCUAUUUUUGGCCCUGGGGGCACAGCGGACUCAGGUGCAUCAUUCCCCAUUCAAGAUGUGCUAGAGAACCAUGUGUACUACUUUCAGAGCGUCCAUGAAAGUGUUGAGCCAACACACGACCUCUUAAGCUUCUCUGUGAGCAGCAGCUCCAUCCUGCCUGAGACAUGGAGCAUCAACAUCACCAUUCAGCGACAGAACGAUGAGCCCCCAAAGAUGGUGCUGGAACCUGUGAGAAUGCGUGAGAGCUUGGGAGUGGUGAUCAGCAAUGCUUCCCUGAGCCUGCAGGACUUGGACACGCCAGAUAAUGAACUUGUUUUUGUUGUUACCCAAAAGCCCAGGCAUGGUCACCUGCGCAGGAGACAGUCUUAUUUGGAACCUCUGGAGAAUGGGCGCAUUCUGUCACAGGGCUCAUCCUUUACCUACCAAGAUGUUCUGGACAAACUGAUUGUUUACACGCUAGCUGGUGCUGAGGCAUGGUCGGAUGAAUUCAGAUUCUCCCUCACGGAUGGACUGUAUACUGAGAUGGGGAGGGUGGAGUUCUCCAUGGAGCGGCCAAAGAAUGAGCCGCCUACAUUAGCUGUGAACAGAGGCCUGCAGCUUCCAGCUGGCUCAGUAGCACGCAUCACAGAUCAGCACUUAAAAGCAGCAGAUAUCGAUUCAGAUGACCUGAAGCUCAGAUACGUCAUGAAGAAAGAUCCCAGUAGUGGGCGUCUGCAGCUGACUAAAAUUGAUAACCUGGUCCAGAUCUCUGUCAAGGGACCUGUCAAAAGUUUCACCCAAGUCGAUAUAAAUAAAGGGCAAGUGGAAUACAGUCAUGAAAAAGGGGAGCCAGGUGGGAGCUUUGCUUUUAACUUUGAUGUGAUUGAUGCAGAAGGCAACAAACUGAUGGACCAGUCAUUCUAUAUUAGCAUCUUGGAGGACAGGCUCCCUCCGUACAUCAUUGCUAACAAAGGCUUGGUCUUGGAUGAAAAUUCAGUGAAGAAGAUCACAACCCUGCAGCUCUCUGCCACAGAUCAGGACAGCGAGCCUGCCGAGCUCCUGUACAGAAUAACAAAACAGCCGCAGCUGGGGCACCUGGAGCAUGCCGCUUCACCAGGCACAAGGAUUAGCUCAUUCAGCCAAGCAGACCUGGCCUCUCGCAGUAUCCAGUACAUCCACACCAGUGAGGUUGAGAGACAUUCCGACUCAUUUACUUUCUCUGUCUCUAAUGGAGUGAAUGAGGUGAGUCAAACAUUUGACAUCACCAUAAACCCAGUGGAUGACUCCUUGCCUGUGGUGCAGAAUCCAGGGAUGAGGGUUCAGGAAGGGGUGAGAAAAACCAUCACAGAGUUUGAGCUUAAAGCCACAGAUGCUGACACAGAGGCUGAAUUGGUUACGUUCACCAUCGUGCAGCCCCCCCGGCAUGGCGUGGUUGAACGCACCCACAAUGGUCAGCGCUAUCGCCAGACCACCUCCUUCACCAUGGAUGACAUCUUCCAGAACCGGAUCAGUUACAGCCACGAUGGCAGCAACUCUCUGAAAGACCGUUUCACCUUCACUGUGUCUGAUGGGACCAACCCCUUCUUUGUUGUGGAAGAUGGAGGGAAGGAGAUUGUGACUGCGGCACCCCAGCGGUUCAAAGUGGACAUUCUCCCUGUGGAUGAUGGGACACCCAGAAUUGUCACCAACUUGGGCCUGCAGUGGCUGGAGUACGUGGAUGGCAAGGCAACCAAUCUGAUCACUAAGAAGGAAUUAUUGACAAUGGAUCCCGACACAGAGGACAAGCAGCUGAUUUAUGAGAUAACAGCUGGCCCCAAACAUGGCUACGUGGAGAGCAAGCUGAGACCAGGAGUAGCUGUGACUACCUUUACUCAAGAGGAUGUGAACCUGGGCCUGGUUCAAUAUGUGUUGAAUGAUGAGAAGAUUCAGGAAACAAUGGACAGCUUUCAGUUUCUAGUGAAGGACAGCAAACCGAAUAUGGUCAGUGACAACAUUUUCCAUAUCCAGUGGUCUCUCAUCAGCUUUGAAUAUACCAGCUACAACAUCAGUGAAAAGGCCAGCUCUGUCAGCAUCACAGUGAAAAGGAUCGGAAACCUCAACCAAUAUGCCAUUGUCCUGUGCCGCACAGAACAGGGAACUGCCACCUCCAGCUCUAGCAUCCGUUCAGAACCAGGACAGCAGGAUUAUGUGGAGUACGCGGGCCAGGUGCAGUUUGAUGAGCGAGAGGACACCAAGGCCUGCACUAUUCUCAUAAAUGAUGAUGACGUCUUUGAGAACAUUGAGAGCUUCACUGUUGAGCUCAGUAUGCCAGCCUAUGCUUUGCUGGGCGAGAUCACCCAGGCCAAAGUCGUCAUCAAUGAUACAGAGGAUGAGCCCACUUUACAGUUUGACAGGAAGACUUACUACAUCAAUGAGAGUGCUGGCUUCCUGUCUGCACCCAUAGAAAGGAAAGGGGAUGCCAGCAGCAUUGUGUCAGCUGUUUGCUACACUACUCCCAAAUCUGCUAAGGGCAGCAGUCUUUAUGCCCUGGAGUCUGGCUCUGACUUUAAAUCCAGGGGGAUGUCGCAUGAGAACCGUGUCAUUUUUGGACCUGGUGUCACCAUGUCAACCUGUGACGUCAAACUGAUUGAUGACAGUGAGUACGAGGAGGAGGAGGAGUUCGAGAUCGCCCUGGCAGAUGCCUCUGACAACGCACGCAUUGGGAGCCUAGCUUCAGCCAGAGUUCUCAUCAGUGGCCCCAAUGACGCCUCCACCGUGUUCCUGGGAAAUGCUAGUUUCACGGUCAGUGAGGAUGCAGGUACCAUUGAGAUCCCUGUUAUCCGGCAUGGUACAGACCUGUCAACCCCCACGUCAGUGUGGUGCGCCACUCGGCUUUCUGAUCCACCCUCUGCCAGUCCAGGAAUUGACUAUAUACCCAGCUCCAAGAAAGUGGAGUUCAGGCCAGGCAGAACUGAAGAGUAUUGUACCUUGACAAUCCUGGAUGAUGCUCAGUACCCAGUGAUUGAAGGGCUGGAGACUUUUGUUGUAUAUCUGAGCUCACCCCAAGGGGCGGAAUUGACUAAACCUUUCCAAGCUAUUGUGGCCAUUAAUGACAUCUUCCAAGAUGUACCCAACAUGCAGUUUGGCAAGGACUUGUACACGGUAAAGGAGAAGGAGGGUGUCCUGCAUAUUCCUGUUAUCCGUAGCGGAGACCUGAGCUAUGAGUCCUCUGUCAGAUGCUACACCCGGAGUCAAACGGCAGAAGUCAUGGAGGACUUUGAGGAGAGAAGAGAUGCAGAGGACUCCCGCAUCACCUUCCUGAAAGGGGAGAAGGUGAAAAACUGCACUGUCUACAUUAAUGAUGACUCUGCAUUCGAGCCAGAGGAACAGUUCAGGGUCUAUCUUGGCAGCCCCAUGGGGAACCACUGGAGUGGAGCUAGAAUGGGAAAGAACACCAUGGCCACCAUUACUGUUUCCAAUGAUGAAGAUGCACCCACCAUUGAGUUUGAAGAGGCUGCCUAUCAAGUCCGGGAACCUCCUGGCCCCGAAGGCAUUGCCAUUUUGAACAUCAAAGUGGUCAGGAGAGGGGACCUGAACAGGACCUCCAAGGUCCGAUGCAGCACACGUGAUGGCUCAGCUCAGUCUGGAGUUGACUACUACCCAAAGAGUCGGGUCCUCAAGUUCAGCCCUGGUGUGGACCACAUCCUGUUUAAGGUGGAGAUUAUGUCCAACGAAGACCGGGAGUGGCAUGAGUCGUUUUCUCUGGUGCUGGGUCCUGAUGAUCCAGUGGAAGCUGUUCUUGGAGACACUGCCACUGCGAUAGUGACUAUUUUGGAUCAGGAGGCAGCAGGGAGCCUUAUUUUGCCAGCUCCUCCCAUUGUUGUUACCCUGGCAGACUAUGACCACGUGGAGGAAGUGACCAAAGAGGGUGUGAAGAAAUCCCCUUCACCAGGCUACCCACUGAUCUGUGUAACACCUUGCGAUCCACACUUCCCCAAGUACACCGUCAUGAAGGAGCGCUGUGAUGAAGCUGGGAUUAACCAGUCUUCAAUCCAGUUCAGCUGGGAAGUGGCAACCCCCACGGAUGGGAAUGGAGCUAGGUCACCUUUUGAAACCAUUACAGACAACACACCAUUCACUAGCAUCAACCACAUGGUGCUGGACAGCAUUUACUUCAGCCGGCGGUUCCAUGUGCGCUGCGUGGCAAAAGCUGUGGACAAGGCUGGCCACGUGGGGACUCCACUGAGAAGCAACAUUGUUACCAUAGGGACAGACAGUGCCAUUUGUCACACCCCAGUAGUAGCUGGAACAGCCCGAGGCUUCCAGGCACAAUCUUUCAUUGCCACACUGAAGUAUCUGGAUGUCAAACACAAGGAGCAUCCUAACAGAAUCCAUAUUUCAGUGCAAAUUCCCCACCAGGAUGGAAUGCUUCCUCUCAUCUCCACAAUGCCUCUGCACAACCUGCAUUUCCUGUUAUCUGAGUCCAUCUACAGACACCAGCAUGUCUGCUCAAACCUGGUUACCAUCAGUGACCUUAAAGGCAUCUCAGAAGCAGGUUUCCUGGAUGAGGUGACUUAUGACAGCCUCAUUCUGGGUCCUGGGUAUGAUCGUCCCUACCAAUUUGACCCCACCGUGAGAGAGCCAAAGACAAUCCAGCUUUACAAGCACCUCAACUUAAAGAGCUGCAUUUGGACCUUUGAUGCUUACUAUGACAUGACAGAACUAAUUGAUGUCUGUGGAGGAUCUGUCACUGCUGACUUCCAGGUGCGAGAUUCUGCUCAGUCCUUCCUAACAGUCCACGUCCCUCUCUAUGUGUCAUACAUCUAUGUGACAGCACCUAGAGGUUGGGCCUCUCUCGAGCACCACACAGAGAUGGAAUUUUCCUUCUUCUAUGACACUGUUCUCUGGAGGACAGGGAUCCAGACAGACAGUGUUCUUUCUGCAAGGCUGCAGAUAAUACGAAUCUAUAUCCGAGAGGAUGGCCGCCUGGUGAUAGAAUUCAAGACCCAAGCCAAAUUCAGAGGGCUUUUUGUAAUGGAGCAUCACACACUGCCGGAUAUGAAGUCUUUUAUAAUGACACCGGACCACCUGGGGGGGAUUGAAUUUGAUCUACAGUUGCUGUGGAGUGCUCAGACUUUUGACUCGCCCUAUCAGCUCUGGCGGGCGACCAGCUCCUAUAACAGGAAAGACUACUCUGGGGAGUACACAAUCUACUUAAUCCCUUGUACUGUGCAGCCCACGCAGCCAUGGGUUGACCCAGGAGACAAACCAUUGGCGUGCACUGCUCAUGCUCCAGAAAGAUUUUUGAUCCCAAUUGCUUUCCAGCAAACAAACCGCCCGGUUCCUGUUGUCUACUCCCUGAACACAGAGUUUCAGCUUUGUAACAAUGAGAAAGUGUUUUUGAUGGAUCCCACCAAAUCUGAGAUAUCUUUGGCAGAAAUGGAUUACAAAGGAGCCUUUUCAAAAGGUCAGAUCCUGUAUGGCCGCGUGCUUUGGAAUCCAGAGCAAAACCUCAACUCAGCUUACAAACUGCAGCUGGAAAAAGUCUAUCUCUGUACUGGCAAGGAUGGUUACGUGCCUUUCUUUGACCCCACGGGAACAAUCUAUAAUGAAGGGCCACAGUAUGGCUGUAUUCAACCCAACAAGCACCUAAAGCACAGAUUUCUUCUCCUGGACCGAAAUCAACCAGAAGUAACUGAUAAGUACUUCCAUGAUGUACCUUUUGAUGCUCACUUUGCCUCUGAAUUGUCUGAUUUCCACUCAGUGAGCAGCAUGCCAGGAGUGGAUGGAUUUACUAUGAAAGUGGAUGCUCUCUACAAGGUGGAAGCUGGACACCAGUGGUAUCUCCAAGUGAUCUACGUAAUUGGCCCCGAGACUAUUGCAGGGCCCCGUGUCCAACGUUCCCUCACUCACCGCCUGAAACGUGGGCGCAGGGACCUUGUAGAUAAUAACGGCAGGCUUAUCCUGGACGACUCCUUGAUUUAUGACAAUGAAGGUGACCAAAUCAAGAAUGGCACCAACAUGAAGUCAUUGAGUCUGGAGGUACAGGAAGCAGUUGCAGCUGCCUCCUUCUCACAGACAGGUGCCUCCAUAGGAAGUGCUUUAGCUGCCAUCAUGCUGCUGCUGCUUGUCCUUCUGGUAAUUUGCUUCAUAACCAGGAAAUGUCAAAAGCAGCAGAAGAAGAAAAAGCCCACCAAAGAUGUCAUGGAGGAAUAUCCUCUGAACACCAAGAUGCAGGUGCCUAAGAAAAACCCAGAGAGGGUGGAGAAGAAUAUAAACAGACAGUACUGCACUGUGAGGAACAUCAAUAUACUAAGUGAAAAUGAGGGUGCGUACAAGAUCAAAGGUGCAAAGGUCAAACAGGUAAACUUAGAGGUCAAAGUUCAUAACAAUCUACAUGAUGGAACAGAAGUUUAAUAAAGUGCACAUCUUUUUGUAAAAGCUUUUUAUAAAUUGUGAAAAAUUUAAAUCGUAAACUGGUAUUUUUAUAAUCUUGUGGAAAAAGGGAAGACUAUAGCUUUGAGUGGUGGACAGCAAUACAUCCUCACAGGCUUCAACUCACAACUGAGCUACCUCAUUAAAAGCAGAACAGUGAAACACCCAGGGCAGAAAAAAAUGGUAUCUCUACCAACAAGUUUAUUCAGUUUUAGGCUGCACAACUUUCAUAGCAACCUCCAUAGCAGCCAGAUAUUUACCCAAACUUGAAUAGUUCCCAUAUGAAGUCCACCAAUCCUGAAAUGGGGGGUUACAGAGGAAUAGUGCAACAACCCUAUAUCAGACACAGUAUUAUAGGAAAGAAGCUUAUUAAAGAGUUGGAAUCUAUUACGUUCCACUCUGUACUGUUUUCCUUUUUGUACCUCCUCUCUUUUAUUGGACUGCAUCAGACAGAACAUGACAAUUUUGGUCAAGAAUGCAGACAUGCAGCCAGUACUGCAACUAAUGUCGUUUCUUAUUGAUGGUUGAUCUUCAUGGAGGUAAAAUGCUGUGAGAGGAGGUCACCUCAUGCAGAGGGUGGCACUGUGCAUCAUUCAAACAGUGUGUUAGUGUGCCUGCAGCCUUCUGCACCUGAGUGACCGUCACUCUAAAAGAACAGUGAGAGAAGCCUUUACUGUUCUGUGGUCUAGAGGUCUACCAUUGAAUCUGGACCUGCUGAAAUCAAUGGGAAGUUAGCCACUGACUUCAGCAAGGCCAGGAUUUCAUCCUUUCCCCAUUAGACCACCACAUCCCUUUUCCAACUUUCUGAACUUUGCAACCCAAAAUCAUUUCUCAGAGCUUUGGUCUCCUAGUCAGUAGUAAAAGUACAUUCCUCUGCCUGGUAAUAAGACUGGAACACCUUCCACUGAGAACACUCCACAGAGAAAACACAAAGAAACACUCAAAGCCACCUAAAUGAUAGGUUGGUAACUUGAAGGGUGCUAAUAGGUAUGCUGUUUACCAUACUGCUAAGUAGGAUAGGGUCCUGGCCCCAUCUUCGUUAUAAGAAAGGGGACCCAGACAUGGAAAAGAUUUCAGAACUGCUGAUUUAGAGUCAGUUUAAAUGUUGCAGCUAUAUAUUAUCUGACUCUUAGCACUAGCAUCUUGUUGCAUGUUAUAUUAUCAUGGUGCUGUACAAACCUUAAUGAAUCCCUUGGCAUUAUUCCAACCUGGCACUGGAUUGUCAUGAUGCACUGAGUAAUGAGAUACCCAACCUCUUCUCCCUGACCCCAAAUCACAUACAAUACAGAUGGAAGCAGUUGCUCUACUGAAGGAUGCACUGGAAAACUGCUUGUGCACAAGCAGGUUAAUGCCUUUUAUUUAUUAAGCAAAAUUGCCUUAGACACAUUGAUUUCUGAACUCAAAGAGUAACCUUUGUGCUCAUGGAUGCACUUCAAACUUUUGAGGCCUAAAACAUGCCCACCAGCUUUAUCCCCUAGCCUUCCUUCCAGCUCUCUGCAAAUUGGAAGUAAAGCAAAUAGUGCUGUCUGCUGACUUCAAGUGUUAACCACGCACACCUUCCACCUUGUUAAAAUAUACAUAACAGCAUAUUUCCUAGCUUCAAACAAUUUUGUACACAGGAAGGGGGGAGGGAGGGAAUGGAAAUUUACACAUUCUGACCCCAGUAGAGCAAAUGCAUGCCUGGUGCUUAUUGAUUCUGAUCACACUUAAUAAUAAGGUUCCAUUAAUAAAUAGUUUAGGUUUUAUAGUUCUUUAUAACUCCUGUUGAUUUCUUGUCUAGAUCUUCAGGCAUUUUACCAAGGAGGUCAGGGUCAUUUGCUUCAUUUUAAAGAUAACAAAACUGGAGCCCAGACUGGGGAAGCAACUUGCCCAAGAUCACCUGGCAAGCCAGGGGCAGUCCCAGCUCAGUGUACUACCCCAUAGCCCCCAAUGGUAGAACAGCUGGUAAAAGUCCAGCAGGUUGCUUAUAGCCAUUUACAUCAUCUUCUAUUGAUGUGCUCAAAAGCAUCCAGAACUUGUAUGUGCAACAUGCUGGUAACAUCACUAGUCACAUAUUAACCCUUUACAAACUAUUUAACAAUAGGACCUCAGAGUAAAGUGUGACCAUGACUUCCUUUAGCUGUGUCCCCAUCUCUGUUGUUGUAUUACCUGAUGUGGUAUAUCAGGGAUUCAUGUCUUUGGGAUUCAUUUCUGGUAGCUCAGACAUUUGGUUUAUUAUUGUGUGUUCAUGUCAAGGUUGCACAUACAUACAUAUUUUAGUUGUCAGGUCUGUUAUUACUCUUGUAUGCAUAUUAUGCUCUUAGAUUGUUUUGGUUUUUUUUACAGACUACAUGGCAACCAGUUAAUAAGUGUAAAUAUAUAGUGUGCACUUUCUGAUGGAAGCAAGAUUUGAUUAUUCAGCUUAAAUAUUUACGGGGAUCAGUUUUUUCUGCAAUGUAUGUAGACUGUUCCCAACAACAACACUUUUAGACUGUAAGCUCUGCAGUGCAGGCUCUUUAUUUUGUGUCCUUACAGCGCUGAGUUUGCCAGUGUCUAACAAAUUCAUCAAGAUGUGUAACAGUGUUAAAUAAGAGUUAUGCUGAUGUUGAUAGAAACAAGAGGUGAAAUGAAAGACUCCAUAAUUUAAUGCAGCACUGUAUAGUAAGGGAUCCUGGGAUUCCUCCUAUGUACUGUUCACAAACUAACUACAUGAAUCACCAGCUGCAUAUUCAUUAUUACAUUACAACUCUGACUUGCUUCUGGAGAAUGUUUAGCUUGCAAAAUAUGAUGUAUCCUCCACCUUACUUUGAUUGCCAACAUUUUGUUUGUUAGACGUGCACUUAAACUGAAAGUGUCAAAGCUUUGAAUCUGUUACUUAAUAUUUGCAAUUCUCAGUUGCUUUUUACAGUUAAGAGUCUGAUGAUCAACAAACAUUGGUGGUAUUUUCUCAGUCAAAUAUGUGGUCUGAAUUUCUGCUGUUCACUUGACAAUUACUUGCAUGCACCCUACCAUACAUUUUAUUAUGCAAUAAGGUUAGUACAAAUACAGUCUUGGCAGUUUGUUUUUUCCUGUGUAUAAUGGUGCUGAGUAAAUAAAGAGAUAAGGGCAAUGUUACCAUUCUCCAUAGUUGUACAAUUGCUAUGAGGACAUUGUGGACAUUUCUUCUUUCAGCUCUUGAGAAUUGCUAGUGUCAAGAGGGGCUUACAUGUGGUUGCAAUAAUCUGACUGUGUGUGCAUGUGUUCUGAUUUAGUUCAGUUAUUUUUCAAUGCAUUGCAUCUACUACGAAGGCUCAUUGCUAUGAUCUGAGUAAUCUGCUGGUGGUGCUGCCAAGCAAUUUUCUUAACCUCUUAUGAUUUAUGUAUUUUGAAUCUUUCUGUUAUGGAGUUAAUGAUUUUUCCAUGCAGUAAUAUAUGCCAUUAUACAUGAGUUUUGCUAAUAAACAACAUUUUGGUUA